CUAAAUAAAAAAAAAAAACACUUAUGUGGUUCUAUACAUGUAAAUAACAAAUUCUUCGACACAAGGGAAAUGGAUAUGGUUGUUGUAAGAUGUAACGUGGAACUUGUAUCAUACAAAAUCCGAAAUCCUGACUUCCACAGUCCACAAACACAAAUACACUUCCAUUGUGCGAUCUCCCUCUUGAAACUCUUCAAUGGAGUCUCUUUCUUUCUGUCUAUCAUCUUCUUCCCCACUUUUCAAACCCCAUAAAAUCAUCCCCAUAACCCCUCCAAAUUCUCUCCAAAUUGCAAUUCCAUCACCCCCUAAUCUCCAUGGAAAUAAAGUUUCAACCUUUAUACAUCCCUUCACUUCAAAAAUCUCCCUAAAACCCCACUUUUCUCUCCCCUUCUUGAUGGGUUUUCUCUCUCCAUCUCCUUCUUUUGCAUCAGAAAUUGCAGACCCAUCUGAUAAAAUCAGCCUAGAAUUCAUCUUAACCUCAAUUGAUGGAUUUUUUAACAAGUACCCAUAUUUUGUUGCAAGUGUUACUUUCAUAUGGUUGGUAAUUUUUCCUUUAGCUGAAGAAUUCUUGAGAAAAUACAAAAACAUAUCUGCCCUUGAUGCAUUUAAGAAAUUGAGGGAUGAUACUAGUGUUCAAUUGUUGGAUAUUAGGGAUCAGAAAAGUUUAGGGUUUCUGGGUUCUCCCAAUUUGAAGAUGUUUAACAAGAAUGGUGCUAUAGUCCCUUUUAGUGAAAAUGAUGAAGCUGGGUUCUUGAAGAAAGUUCUGGAGAAUUUUGCAAGUCCAAAUGACACAAUUGUUUGCAUUUUGGAUAAUUUUGAUGGAAAUUCAAUGAAAGUGGCGGAGUUAUUGGUGAACAAUGGGUUUAAAGAGGCUUAUGCUAUCAAGGGUGGUAUCAGCGGCAAGAGGGGUUGGAGGGAGAUUCAAGAGGAAUUUCUACCACCGUCUGUGCACGUGUACCCUAAAAAGAAGGGCAAACGGUCACAACAAAAACGUGAAAGCAACGGGGCUGCCAAUGAACCUGAUAUAGUUCAAGUUCAAGCUGCCACUUCCGAGAAGUGACACGAGAAGACAAAAUUUUGGUUAUUUACACAUUCGCUUUAGACUGGAGUAAGCCGAUCUGCUAUGAGGGUGUUACUACAAAUGCACUUGUUGGAGAAACGCAUCGCUGGAAGCAAUGAAGUUCGGUUAUAUUCAUCAGAAUCAUGAUCAUUGUUACUUGAUUUGAAGUCGGUUUUCGUGGGGAAAAAAGGAAGUCCUAUAUGUAUGUAAUUGUAUGAUGAAUGAUAUUACUUUCAGUGUUGAGAUAUUAUAUUGCAUGCAAUUUGAAAUCCAGAGGUUUGUACA